AUGGAUCCUUUCAACAGGCUACCGGCAGAGAUCCGCACAGAGAUUCUUGUAUCGACCUGGUGUCCGUGUACGAAUUUACACCUUAUCCAAGCCUCACCUGUCAUGCUUCAGCAGUAUACGGUAUCAAAAGAAUACAUCGCAAGGAAGCUACUUGCCGCCGACUUCGACAAUGGCAUGAUGCAAGACGCCAUAGCAAUUAUUCUUUUUCCUUUGGAGUCUGCUGCUGACUUCAAAACAUUGGCCCGCCAUCAUUGUCGCUCUUGGGCAACACAACAAUUCACCAAUCCGUUGUAUCAACCUCUAGAAAGUCGAGACCAGGACUUGAUCAACAGAAUCAGCAAGCUCCAUCAAGGACUCAUGUUCUAUAUUGAGGACUUUCUUACCAAGGCUACGGCUGUCUUCCCCCCGCGGGAGUAUGUAUGCCUUCCGUCCCAAACAGAAUCUCAGUUACGAUUCAAAGGUCAGGCAGUCAGUUCUAGGUUCAAUGCAGCCAAUCUUACAGGUCUAGAACGAAAGCGAUUACUGCGAGCCUUUCUACGGUACCAGCUCAAUUCUCUAAUGGAUGAAGAUAUCCAAGAUCUUUUCCAAGAGGCACUGUAUCAACACAGUGGUCGAAAAUUCCAACUUUGGGACCUACAGGCAAUACUGUGUGUUAGCACAUAUCUGGAAACUCUUUAUGGGGCCAUUUUUGCCCAAUGCAGCGAUUCCUGGCUACCAGAAAUCAUCCUAGGUUCUACUUCAUCUCACCCCCCCGGUUUGCUUUACCCGGAUAGCCUAUACAUCGAACCUGGGGCCUAUGCCUCCGAUAUGGGCUGUGAACGUUCUUGUAUUGCACAUGCGUUAUCAGAUUAUGGCUUCGACCUCGUCACAAUCCUUCUUCGAUCCGCUGGAGCCGGACAACCUGAUCGGGACCGCCUCAAGAAGUGGAUUAUGAAUUUUCGUUCAAGGAGGGGCUCUAGAUGGAGGGACUCACACUAUCUCCUUCGAGGUCAUGAUUCUCUUGGUGCGGUAAAAGAGGAUUCUCAAAAUGGCCCUGGUAUGUACCAGAUGCUUCACUCCCGUAUUAUUCCAAACUAUCCCACGAUCACUGAUACAUACCUACAAAGGGCAUGGGUGUUCUUUGAUGACGCCAGAUUCUACCCCUUGCCGUCGCCUGAUGCAAAACCACAUUUCCCGACUGAGGAUGAGGCGUUGGAUGAGCGCUUUCAAAAUACGAAAAAGGACGAGGAUUGGUGGGACUAUCCAUGGCAAGCCAGAGCUCGGCAUCGAUCACAAAAGUGGCACAACGAACAGCGUGGGAUAUCUCCAGAAAAAACAAAGGUUGAAGACAAUCAAGACUCAGAGCUGGAAGAGGAGUGCCAGGUUUCACUGCCUGACUUAGUAAAAGGAAAGCUUUUGUCUCCCCUCCGUCCGUUCUGGCAAUGA